AAUCUCAGACCGGAACAUUUCUACGGACAUAGGGCCUAAUUCUUAGACUGCUUUAAAUCAUGGUAACAAUACAGAAAGAUUCAUUUGGAAAAACUAAAGAUGGCUCCGAUGUUUCACGAUUUACCCUUGCAAACAAGAAUCAGAUGACUGUUCAGAUUCUAGAUUAUGGAGGAACUAUCUCUAGCAUUGUGGUUCCUGACAAACACGGAAAACUUGAUGACGUCUGUCUAGGCUUUGAUGACAUGGAAGGAUAUGAAAAAAAUCCUGCAUAUAUUGGAGGUUUGAUAGGAAGAGUAGCCAAUCGUAUUGCAGGUGGAAAGUUCUCGUUGGAUGGGAAAGAAUAUGUUCUACCUGUGAACAAUGAGCCCAACUUUCUACAUGGUGGAUUCAAGGGAUUUGAUAAAGUAAUGUGGACUGCUCGCGUUGAGAACAAUAAACUCAUACUGACAUAUGUCAGUCCUGAUGGUGAGGAGAAGUUUCCAGGGGAGGUAACCUCAACAGUUGUCUUCGAGCUGACCGAUGACAACCAACUUAAAAUAGACUAUACUGUUACUACAACAAAGCCCACACCCGUUGGGCUGACAAGUCACAGCUAUUUCAAUCUAGGAGGCCAUGGUUGUGGGAAGAUUGACGACCAUUUUAUGACCAUCAAAGCAGAUACUUACUUACCUGUUGAUGAGAACGUUAUUCCAACAGGAGAAAUCCGCAGUCUUGAUGGUCUUCCUGAGGAUCUGCGGAAGAUGGUUCGUCUUGGUGACGUUAUAAAUGAUAUUCCUGGUGGCAAUGGAUUUAACUGUAACUACAACUUAAACCACACUGGACAAUUUCAGCAAGCCGCAAGAGCGGAGCACCGAGGCACAGGUCGUUACCUGGAGUGUUACACCACGGAGCCAGCCAUCCAGCUGUACACUGCCUAUGCUGUGCCGUCUAUGGCGGGCAAGGGUGGCGCCAAGUACGGGGCAUACUGCGCGUUCGCCUGGGAGGCACAACACUAUCCUGACAGUGUCAAUCACAAACAUUUUCCAAACAUUAUUUUGCAUCCAGGCGAGACAUACCGACAGACGACAUCUUACAAAUUUGGUCUCAUUGAUUAAUUACAGUGAAGAUUUAUAUUUCAUGAGAAUUUAAAAAAUCUGCUAUGCAUUCUGAACAGGACUUUACUAUAAAAACAGUUUGUAAUACAUUGAUUUUAGUUGAUAAUAGUUCUGAUAGUAGUAUACUUUCAUGGUAAGUAUUAAUUGAAGACAGGUAGCUAUUUUGCUAUAAUUCUGUCUGCGCAAAACCUUUUUGGAAGUGCAUGAAUUAUAGUUCUAGAUUAUUUAGAGUUAAAGUACUAAUAACCAUUAUUUUUUUGGUGAUGGUUGGGUGUCAUUUUUGUCAUUAAUUUGUUUGUAUAAAAGGGAGCCACAUUAUUUAACGUAUUUACAUUGUUGAAAAUCAUCAAUUUUAAGUAAGGAAUUAUUACUAUAAAAUAUUCUUUAAUUUACCGAUACAUUACACAAAAGAAAUUGUGAAAAUCAUGAAGGUAGUUUAUUAUUUAUAUGGUUAAAUAUACAUCAUUAUUCAUGUAGUAAAUGUUGUAUUGCACGGUAAAAACAAUCUCAUCUGUAUCUCUAUUACUUCAUAUUUCUAAAGAACAUUCCUACCUUGGAACCUGACAGAUAAUAUAAAUGAGGUGUCUAAAAGAUUUUGUGAUCAUUGAGAAACAAAUCCACAAUUAAAUCUCUUUAUACAAUUCGCCAUAAACAUUGUAUAAUAGCUCAGGUUGAAACACAAAGUUGAAAUUUACAAUGCCUGUUUGCCUUAAAUGCAGGUGUUUAAACAUUGUAAAUUUAAUCCACAGUUACUUGUUUAAAAUAUUUAUUUCUACAUUCAGGAGGGCAAGCAAAACUUGACUGUUUUUGUAUCCUGACAUUAUUAGAGUAAUGUGAUACGAUAGAAAACCAUGGGAUCAGUCAAAUUAUCCACGAGUACUUGGCCUCCUGAACAUGCCAAUGGUGGGUUGUUGGUUGUCCUAAUAUCUACAGAAGAUGAAUACCAUUUUGUACAUGCCAGAAUUUAUAUGAUACUGCAUCUUUUUAAAGUACCUUUUAUAUAACCUUUUAGGUUGUUUUAAAAUACUUUUUAGAAAUCUAUAAUAUAAUUUGCAAGGUCUUUUUAACAGUUUCCAAUUAUUCUGAUCACUUUUCUUUUCAUUUGCAAUGCCGACCAUCUUCUUUGUACUUCCCUGAUGCCGCCCUUCACAAGGAUCAUUUUGUGUUCCGGUUCAGUCGACUAUCAUACACACAUCAUGCAAAAUAUUGCAUACAAAGAUCAAUUUCAUAAAUACAACUGCAAUGGAGGUCGUUAUUCUUGCUACUUAACAUACAAGUGGCUAUGUACAUGACAGCCGUAUAUAUAGCUUUGGCUAAUGAGACACAGCAGUCAUAUUUUGGGCUUUCCCAAAAAAUAUAACCGCCAUGUCACUCGACUCCAUCUAAACUACCAGUAUCCUGUGUGUAGCACAAGUUAUAUCUAGUGUAACAUAAUAGUGAAUCAGAACUUCAGAGUUCUGGAAUGCUGGGAUAAUUUGUAGGUGAUUCAGGGCCAUAGCUAGAAUUUUUGGCGAAGGGAGGGGUGUGGAAUCAGAUAAAAAUCUUGGAAUGAACAAGCAUGGAAGGCAUGAGGCAUUAGAAGGUGUGUGUGCAGGACAUUUUGCAGGCAGUGGUCUAGAGUAUGGUGGGCUAAGCUCAAGGGAGCGAAGUGCCUGAGAUCCUAGCAGUCAAGGGCGAUACUCCCCCAUAAACGUUUGAAAAUUAGAUGUCCAGAAAUAAAAUUUCCUGUAUUCAAAAAGUAAAAUUCUUCAUAACAAAUGCAAGUAUAUUCAACACUUUUUAAAUGCAUUUUUCACAAUAAAUAAUUUCUGUAUGUUAAAAAAAAAACAGUCAUGUACCAAAUUGUUUGAUUGAAUAAAACAUAUUAUUAACAAUGAACUAACUAUUCAUACCAGUCAAAUAAUUUGUUAAAAUUACAAUUGCAAAUAUCAUGUACAGAUUUUGUAUAUCAAUAACAAAAAUUUAUUAUUAUGUAAUGUAUUAUUUUCAAGUGACUAUGCAUGACUUUCAACCUUAUACAUUUUUAUGUUGUACACAUGUAAAAAUAUGUUGUUAAUAUAUCAUGUCAUCCCUACAUUUUAAAUUUGCUAACAUUUCCUGAUGUAUAUCAGUAAUCAAUUAGCUAACAUGUGAUAGUGUGAGAGUUUGCUAUGAUCAAGUAACAACUACACACAAUGUACUAGGGAGGUAAGGUGCUGAAUCUCAAAAUCAGCUAGGGCUAGUUCUGGGUCAACAGAAAAUUUUGCCAAAUUAUUUAUUGAACUUUAAAAAUUGCAGAAAUCCAGUUAUUUUAUAACAAAAUAUUGAUUAUUACAUGAAAUUAUUUUAUUAAAUUAAUUAUUUUUUUUGCGAAUUGUUUUUGAAAUUGGCGAAUUUGGUGAGUGCCAGAAUUAGCCCCGCAAACUAUCAGUAUGACAAUAAACUAUUUAAUGUUUAUGCCAUUUAAAAAUGGGGUAGAAUUAUUUAAUAAUUUUAGGUUAAACCAACAGAGAGUAUUGUAUAUUUUUUUACAUAUUUUUAUAUAUUGUACAUGGAGUAGUAUCUUCUUGUUUAUUUAUAUCAGUGUACUGGUACUAAAGAAUGGACUACACGUCUCAUAUUAAAAUACAAAAUUAGCACUGGUAGUCACCAUAAUAUUCAAAAUCACAUUGAUAAUAUCACUGGCCACAAUUGUAAGACGCAUGCGAUGACGUUGACCUUGACCACAAAAUUGAUUAACAUAAUAACAUUGACCAGAACACUUCUAAUGAUAUGAAAACAAAACUGAUAAAGACAUAGACAGUAAACACAGACAUCACAGUUAAUGACACAAACAAGACUGAUAACAAUGAUAGAAGCAUAUUAGUGUUGACCAUGACCAUAACAUUAUAAUUGCUGAUAUAAAUACAAAUAAAUACAGCAUAUUGUUUACUUUUAGAGUAUUUAAUUACAAGUAUCCAAACAAUGUACAGUAACGUGUUAUAUUCAACACGGUUUUCUAUGAACAAUGUUUUGUUUUUGUAAAAAUGUCGGGUUUAAAAACAAAUCAGGUUUAGUUUUAUAUAUAUCGACAAGUAGAUCUCAGAAUUAGGUAAAAUAACAUAGUAUCUACAAAUAUCACUGUUACAAUGUUGUUCCUUGAUGUACAGUAAUAUGUUAUAUUCAACACGGUUUUCUAUGAACAAUGUUUUGUUUUUGUAAAAAUGUCGGGUUUCAAAACAAAUCAGGUUUAGUUUUAUAUAUAUCGACAAGUAGAUCUCAGAAUUAGGUAAAAUAACAUAGCAUCUACAAAUAUCACUGUUACAAUGUUGUUCCUUGAUGUACAGUAACAUGUUAUAUUCAAUACGGUUUUCUAUGAACAAUGUUUUGUUUUUGUAAAAAUGUCAGAUUAAAAAAAUCAGGGUUUUUAUUAUAUAUAUCGACAAGUAGGUCUCAAAAUUAGGUAAAAUAAAACAGUAUCUACAAAUACCACUGAUACAAUGUUUUCUGUUUUCCUUUUGAUUUAUUCAUGAUACUUCAGCUUCGAAGUUGCACGAUACAUCAUAAAUAUAUGUCCAUUUGUACUGUAUAAAUUCUACUCAAAUGGCUUGUGCGUGUAGGCGUUUAAAAUUACAAUAAUGAAUUUUAAGUUUUG